AUGUCUACUGUGAUCGACACUGGCGCCACUGGCAUUCUCAUGUCGGAAUCUUACAGGAAUAAACUUCUGAAAGAUCUCCAGUCUACUGCGACCAAGCCUGUCAAGUUCCAGCCUUAUAAUGAUGUGUUUGAGAUCAAUUGCGCUGAUCGCCAAAGUCUUCAGCCGGUGACACUGUUCAUGAGGGGUGCUGGUGGACAGAGUGUUCCCCUGGAGAUCCCUCAAGAGCACUAUAUCAGGCUCUAUGGUCGCCACUGCUUGUUAUUCUUCGGGCUGACCGACAUCGACACCUGGUCCAUUGGCAACCUCGUCCUUCCUGGGCGAUACUUGCUCUUCGAUUACCAAGAGAAUAAGAUCGGUUUCGCUAAGACCAAGUAG